CAGUUAUACUGAUAUAAAUAUAAAAUGUUACUAAAUUUUCUUCUUGUUUUUUUUUUAAAUACGUUUAAAACAAUAUUUUAAAGUUGUAACCGAAUUUAUAAAAGAUUUCUUGAAACAAAGUUGAAAAAUCAAAUCAGAAGCUAUACAGAGAAGAACUGGCACGAUAAUUUUUCUCAGUGUUUUACUCUCGACAACAGUUGCAAAAUCGAUAUUUACAAUAAUAAAAGCAGUGACAACAUCAACAUUUUUCGAAACAUGGAUGCCAUUUAAUAAUGCAAAUAGAAUUUUCUUUUGGUUAACAUUUUUACAUGAUAGUUUUGGUGGUCCCAUUGCUGGACAAGCAACAGUUGCAUGUGAUUCUUUUAUUAUGAUAAUGAUUUUACAAUUAACUGCACAAAUGGAAAUUUUGAUACACAGAAUGCAAAUAUUUUUUGAACUAUGUAAAAUAAAAAUUCCAAAUAAUCCUCAUAUGGAACAAAUUAUAUUGAAAAAUUGGGUUCAACAUCACAAUUCAUUACAUCUUUUAAAAAAUGAAUUGAACGAUAUUUUUAAUAGUAUCUUUUACAUUCAAUUCAUGUUAACAACAUUGUCAGCUUGCCUUUUAACAUUUCAAUUAACGACAAUUGAUAUUAUAUCUACGAAAUUUUUUACAUCUAUAAUGCAAUUAUUCUGUGUUUUAUUGCAAAUAUGCAUGUAUUGUGCAACUGGUAAUUUGAUAAUGGAAAAGAGUAGAGCAAUUGGUCAUGCAGUUUUUGCAAUGAAUUGGGUUUCUCUAACAAAACGAACCAAAACAGGUCUUAUUCAAAUAAUUAUGCGUGCAAACACUCCAAUUACUUUUACCGCUGGCUCGAUAAUUCCUUUAUCGUUAUCAACUUUCACCUCUAUUUUACGAUUGUCAUAUUCAAUUUACAAUUGUUUACCAAAACAAUAGCAAUCAUCGUUUUUUUGUUAUUGAUAUUAGUCUUUUAUUUAUUAACUUCAAAGUUAAUUUAGAUAAAAAUAAAAUUAA